CAGCAGGUAGCGACAGUAUGCAAUAGGCCUACUGCUAUCACCAUUACUAUUACACAUUACACAUUAUUAUUGUCCAUCUAGAUUUUCCCGCCAAGCCUCCUUUAAUUCUGCUAACAACACAACUCUAGAAACUCUGUCAAGCGAUCCAUUGCAAGCAUUAUUUUCUAUCACACCAGCCAAGGUCAAGCACGGCGUGCCUAGGAGGGACCAUAACGUACAGUUUUCUUGACCAUGGAUGUGAAGCUGGUUGGGUUUGGUUAUCCUCUGCUGGACAUCAUCAUUGACGGCUCGCCUGAGCUGUUGAACAGGUAAAAACUUUUAACGUUGUGAAUUAAGAAAUUUUUCUGAGUGUGGCGGGGAGGAGUGGCGGUCGCAGUGUCAUACAGUCAUGACUAGCACGGCCUAAUAGACCUACUUUACAAUAAAAUCAUGGUCAUUGGCAUUGGUCGGCUUGAUGCACAUAACUCUGCUAAAACACUUUUGUAUUUAAUCUCCUUUCAUAUUUGAAAGUCCAAACAUCACCGAGAUGUUAUUUUUAUCAUCCUCAACAGGCUUAGAAGUAUAAAUAAGUGUAAAAGUAUAACUAAGUCUUAGUUAAUUACAAGAAUUAAUAAAUGAGUACAAGUUAUAAAUUAACUAAGUUCAAGAAGUAAAAAUAAGUAGGUAAUUGGGCCUACAAAUAUUGUUAGUAAGUGUAACCUACAAAAAGUAUAAAUAAGUAACCCAUGCCUUUAGUAUAAUGGAGUCAUAGACCCUCUGUAAUGUUUAUAUAAAGUUGGCUGUAUUAUAUAUGCUGCAGUUAAUUUCCAGCAUUAAAAAAAUCAUCUAAAUCUAGGAUUAAAACAUCACAGACAGUCAAUGCAGUUUAAAAGUGAGAUAUUGUAGCACACAUGUCUGCAAGGCUUACAUUAGCCAACUUUUACUAGCAAACUCUUACACUCUUUUCAUCACAUAUCAUUGCCAAAUUAUAUGAGAUAAACUGAUAAACAUAAAACUGACAACUUUCCAGAUACGGCCUGAUACCAAAUGGACAAGUCCAGGCCUCUGGCGACCUCAUUAAGAUGUAAGCAUUUGAACCUGCAUACAAAAUUCUUCUUUGAACUUGAACAUCUUUGUUUUAAUCCAUGAUUUCUGAAAUUAUUUUUUUCACUUCAAAAUUACAUUUCCUGGCUGCAAUUUAUGCAUGGGCAACCGUAGAAAACUUUCCAUGGGGGGGCCGGCAAAAAAAUCAAUUAACUUCCGGGGGGGGGGGGNGGACAUCAGCUUAGUUACUUUCUCUUUAUUUUCUCUUUGCUUUAAUACAUUUUUUGUCUAAAAAAAUUUUUAUCCAAUCAAUCCAGGGGGGGGGGAGGGGAGGGGGGGGGGCAAGCUACCUGGGGGCACCCAUGCAUUUUUGGAUAGUCGUAUUACAAUAAUUAUAUUUUCCAGGUGGUCUCGAAGCAGGUGGGAUAGCCCCUUUUUGUCUAGAAUUCCAGUGUAAUUUAGCCAUAUUAGUAUUGAAGUUUAUGGGGGUAAGCCCUAUUCAGGGGUGUAGCUCCAGUGUUUGACACCCUGGAAAAGAUUCAUUUUUUACGCCUCACCCAACUCUUUAAUCCAUUAUUUUUAUCAAUAAAAUGGUCAAAGCCCAUUUAAUCUAGCACCCGGGGACAUCAAUACCCUCUGCCCCUUUUACUUGAAAUAGGUGGGGUAAGCCCUGUUAGUCUUGAAAUAGUUGGGGUAAGCCCCCUUAGUCUUGAAAUAGAUGGGCGUUAGACCUAUUAGUCUUUUAAGAACAAGCCUAAGGUGUGUAAAGAUCAUAUAGUCCUAAUUUCACAGAUUUAAUUAUGUCCAGAUGACCUAUGGGGACUCUAUUCAGUAUGUGCCGGGGGGAGCUGCAAUCAAUGCCGUCAAAGUAGCUCAGGUAGGACUAUGACAUUUAGAUCAAAGCAGCUCAGGUAGGCUACAGGAAAAUGACAUUUAGAUCAAAGUAGGUCAAGGAGUCUAACAUUGUUAUAAAUUUUUAUGUCGGGCAGAUGAGCCUCAUUGAAUGUUUUUGAAUGAAAAAAUAUACAUGUUAGUUAGAUAUUUGUUUGGGUUUGGGGCGGGGCGGUUGAGGCAUAAAGUAAGCUUGUGUCAUUACCAGAGUUCACAUCCCAGGAAAAAUUCAAAAGGUAUUUAAAUUAACUGUUGCUGUCUUCCUGCCCCGCUCCUCUUCAUACCCCAAACCUUCUUAAAAACCCAACAUUCAUUAAACAUUCAUUAUCUCUCAACAUUCUUCCUACCACAACCCAUUUGAAACUCUACAUACCCUGUCUUAUUCAUCAUCAGUCCUGUUUACUCUUAUGAUUUUGGCGUACAAUGUACGAUUUUAAGAUGUAUACAUUAUAUAUACUGUAUGUUUAUUUUUUACUAUCAAGAUAAUGUAUUCAGCUAUAAUGUACUGAACGAUUUUGUGAUGAUAUUGUACGAUUUUAAGAGUUUAAGGGUAAACAGGUCUGCAUCAUUCAAGCCGUUCUUACACAUCCCCAAUCUUCCUCCAGCCGUAUUUAUAAUCCGGCCUGAUUUAUUUCUCGGCCAAAUUUAUACCCCAAACCCAUUAUACCCCAGCCUUAUUCAUACCCAUCCUUAUUAAUACAUCUUCCCACUUCUCACUCCGGCCCCAUUCAUACCCCUCAACUAUUCAUAUCUCACUUCUAAUCAUACACCAGCCCCAUUCAUGGCCCAGCCGUAAUGAUACCCUAGUGGGCUCCAGCCACAUUCAUACCUAUGCCAUAUUUAUACCCCAGCCCACUUUAUAACCAAGUCCCAUUAAUACCCCACCGCAGCAAAAUGUGUACAAUAAAACGAAAAUUAUAUUUUCAAAUUGUCAUAUUUUGAUCUUCAAGCGUAUCACCAAAUAACCAAUACAUGUUUUUUUUUCUAUCAUUACUAAUUUCCUAAAUCUUGAAAAUAAUAAUUGUGUAUUUCAAAAUGACUUAGAAACCUGGCUAAGGUGUCUCCAAAUGGAGCAGCAUCUUUUCCCAGUCAACAAAUCCACACUCUACAUGCACCUGUGGCAUUCAAGGGAACACUCAAGUGUUUGAAGUGUAAUACUAUAAAAUAAAAUAUUUAUUGCUUUAACACCAAACUCUCAAAUAAAAAAAUAACUUUCCCCUUCCCCAUGCCUUGUUUUCACAUUCAAGUGGUGUAUAGGUAAAGAUGAUUGUACUGCAGUCAUUGGUUGUCUUAAUGAUGAAGAUGACUUUGGGCAGAUUCUACAGAGGGAAAUGAUGCGAUCCCGGGUCAAGUGUUACUUUCAAAAGGAGAGGACAGCAUCAACAGGAACUUGUUUGGUAAUCUGUACAGAUCAAAAUAGGUUUGUUCUCUUGCCAUAACGUUCUCAUUUUUUUAGCAAAGUAGGUCAAUAUUAAAUUCGUACUUUUCAUGAUGGUGAUGGUAGUUACUUCACAUAAAUCAUUUUAAUAUUUAAACUAAUAUCACAUUUCAUCUUACAAAUGUUAACAUUUUUAAUAUAACAUUUCAUUUAAAAAAAUUAUAUCUAUUAAACCAAUCAGGUCGCUAGUUACUACAGCUGGAGCUGCUAAAUUAUUUUCAACAAAAUAUUUUGAAGAAUUGGAAAUACAAUCAGUUCUGAAUUGUGCCCAGCAUUUGUAUUGUACGGUAAUAAAAAAUUUUUAAAAGUCUAAUUUAGUGACUUUGUCAGCUUUUUGCCAUGAAAAAAAACUAAAACAAUCUAAACAUGUCCAAGGCCUUUAAAUGUGUUCAUUUCAGUAUAACAAUCUGUGUUAACAGUUUUCUGACUAUCCUCCACACCAGGCCUGCACAACUCAAAAUGUAAGGGGGGCGGGCCGUAAUACUUUAUGAAAACCUUGUGCGGGCCAAAAGAAAAUAGGACAUGUCUUGUUAUUAUAUGGCAUCCUUCCGUCUUCGUGAGACCAUGGACUAGCUAUAUAGUUCUACACUUUGACGAGUGGCUCACUAUGCCAAUCCUAGAAUGGCAAUCACGGCUGCAUCUCGCUGGAGAAUAUUGAAUCCCGGUAAAUUCUUGAUUUCCGAAUUGUUCUUUUUGAUUCAAGGGCCUCGUUUCGAGUAUCUUCUGCCUUUUUAACUCCUUCAAACACUGCUGUUGGCCAGUUGGAGCGAUGUUCGGCAAUGAACUCCCAUUCGUUUGUUUCAAUAUUGGCUUCCCUCAUGCUUCGUUUGCAAACGUCAAUAAAUCUCAGGCGCGGUCGUCCAAUAUGUUUUGUCCCCUCUGCCAACUCUCCAUACAGCAGUAUCUUUGGGAUACGUCCUUCCUCCAUUCUCCGUACAUGACCUAACCAGCGAAGGCGUCUCUUGAUAAAAAAGGAGAAUAUGCUAAACAUGUGUGCACGUUCCAAAAACUUCAACUUUGGCAACCUGUCCUGUCAACGAAUGCGCAAAAUGCGACGCAGACAUCUUUGAUGGAAGCUGUUGAGUUUCUGCUCGUGACUGGUAUAUGUGGUCCACACUUCGCUACCAUAUAGGAGCGUGCUAAGCACAUAUGCCUGAUAGACACUUAUUUGUGCAGGCCAAAGAAUAUAGGACAGGGGGAAAGCUAUUAAGAAAAUAAUAUAAUAUUAAUUCCUUGAUAUGGACCAUCUCAAUCCAUUGUGGAAAAAUAAAAGUGUAACAUUCUAUUUUUUUUAUAAAGCAUUUUUUUUUUAAAAUGAGUUCUUGUAAAGGCUUUCCUCUGAAUACAAAUAAUAAGUGAAGUGUUUUUGAGUGCCACAGUUUUAUUACUUCAUGAAAUAGAUCAUUGAAGGAAUCUUCAUCUAAGCCUACAUGCUUCAUCUAAGCCUACAAUCUUCAUCUAAUCCUAGUCAAAAUGAGUUCAAAAAUGAGAGAUGAGGACCUCUGGUCUAUAAAGUCAUAAAGUAUUACAAUAUGAGUUGUGCAGGCCUGAGCUAGAUGGCUGUCUAUAGACCAGGGGUCCUCAAACAGCAGCCCAGUGACCAGAUACAUCCUGGUGGUCCAUAAUACGGCUCACCUGGCCAUUUUUCGGCUACUCGGGUAGCAGUGACAAAUUUAGAACGGACAUUGACCAUUGAAAUACUAAUUACUUCAUGUGGAUUAAAAUUGUUCUUCAUUGUAAUUAUUGCAAUGUGUUUUCCUGUUUGUUGCACUACAAAUAAGAUAUGUGGAGUGUGCAUAGUAGGAAUAUAAUAAUAUUUUUUCAUAUUGAACCAACACCUCACCCCUCUCCCCACCCAAUGUCUUGGGGGGGGGGGGCACGGUGCAGUCAACACACACACCCCCACCCCGCCAAUAAAAAGUUUGAGAACCUCUGCUGUAGACUGUUGCUGUUUUUUAAAUCAUAAAAUGCACCUUUUUUAUUUUAUAUUAUUUAAGCUUUAGAUCCAGCUGUAAUGUUUAGAGAAAGAAAUACUGCUUUCUUAAAUCAAUUUAUUUCAAUACAUUAUUUAAUUUAGAUUCAUUAACUGGGCAUUUUGAGCAGAUUGUUUUUGGCCAAGUUCUGCUCCAGGCAUAUUGUAAUCUCCGCUCCGAGAUCAGGUCAAGAAGAAUAGAGCAGCAUAGCUGAUGCAAGAGUGGGGGCAACCUAGAUGUAGAAGAGCGGGGGCAACUUAGAUGUAGAAGAGCGGGGGCAACUUAGAUGUAGAAGAGUGGGGGCAACUUAGAUGUAGAAGAGUGGGGACACUUAGUUGUAGAAGAGUGGGGGCAACUUAGUUGUAGAAUACUGGGGUAGCUAAGAUGUAGAAGAGUACAAAAUUUUACCAACUCUGGGUAAAAAGACCUUGCUCCUGAGCUUCAUUCCAAAUCCCUGUCAUGAACUAUGUUGUUCCUUUGUUCGCUUUUAUCAUAUUAAAUGAGAUAUAUAAUAACCCCAAAAAAUAUAGGCCUACACCAUAUCUUGAAACUUUUUCAUUACAAUUUUUUUCAGGGAUUUUCUUUGAUAGAUUGCUCUCAAGGUGUAGAUGUGCUGGCCCAUUUGGCAACUAAAAAUUCUGGUCAGAUUUUUGCAUUUAAUCUGGCAGCUGUUUUCAUAAGCCAACAAUUUUCAGAGAAUAUAAAAAGGCUACUACCUUUUAUUGAUAUAUUGUUUGGAAAUGAAAUGGUAAGUCCUGGAUAUGUCAGUGGUAUUUUUGUCUUUCAUUUAGUUGUAUCUGCUUCUGUUCCAAUAGAUAAGUUUGAAAACAUAAUUCCCAAUUUUCUUGGACUCAUAGAUACCGGUAUUUUGAAAUAUUUUGUUUUUAAAGGUGUGACCUGAAAGGAAUAGGAGACAUUUUAUCAAUACAGACCAAGAAGAGAUUAAUGUUUAGGGAAGAAGCUCAUCAUGCCAUCUUUAUCUUUUACAUUUUAAUUUUGAAGUUGAAACUUUAAAGUUUAUUCAAUUCCAGAACUUUUUCAGAUAAAAUGAUGCACUCACAACCAAUGAGUUGCAUCAAGAUAGUGUUCUAAUAUCUAAAAUCCUCAUCCACAGGAAGCUGAUGCUCUUAUUAGUCAAUGUGGAUACAAGGUAUUUCCCAGAUGAGUUAACCAAAAAAACCAGUUUUUUAAAAUUAAAAAGUCCAUACGCCUUUUUUCAAUCCAAGAAAUGAAAAAAUCAUUUUUUAAAAUUUGGAAUCCUACAAAUUUCUUGAAUUUAAAUGUGAUCUAGAUAACCUAUGAUUGUGAAAUUUUUAGUGUGGAUUUUUAUUUAUGGAGGGAGUAUAUCAUUUUAAUAUACAUAAUCUUAAUUUAAUCUUAUGAUGAAGCAAUAAAUAUUAAAUUAUAAAAAUCAUUUCAGAUCAAUUCUAUGCAAGAGAUUGCACUUUUUUUGUGUAAUUGGGAGACAAAAAAAUGUAAUGGUCAUUCACGAAUUGUGGUCAUUACAAGGGGUCCCAGUACAAGCAUUCUGGCCCAAGGUCAGUUCUUUAAAAUAUAUCAAGCUGCAUUUUCUGUCAAUGGUCAAGUUAAGAAUGAACUGAGCAUUUUAAUAUGAAACAUUUUUGUUUCUAAACCAGUAAAUUGUUCUAGUGUAUAUAUAGGCUAAACAUUAAUUAUAACAGACUUACUUGUUUUUUUAGCCUUUGUUAUUGCUAUAACAUCAAAAGAUGAUUGGGGGGGGGGGCGCCACGACAACCAUAUUGUCUCAGGGUUAAUAUGAUGUAAAAAUAUCACCUCCCCAGAAGGCAAAGUCUUUGAGUUUCCAGUUGUGGAUGUUACUGCUGACCAGAUCAUUGACACCAAUGGAGCUGGUGAUGCAUUUGUUGGAGGUUAACAUUCAAAUAGCACCCUUAUACUCUAGUUAUAGCUGUUGAUGCAUUUGUUGGAGGUUAACAUUCCAAUAUCACCCUCAUAGUGAUUUUUUCCUUCCAAGAUAGGAAGUGGAGGUUGGGGAUGUAAACCUAUGUCUGAUAAUAUUAACGUUUUUUUAAUGAGAUUUUAAAAAACACUUAAGUUAAACAUUCAAGGAAAGUUGAUUUUUUUAAAUAAAAUUAUUGGGUUUAAGUUUAAAUAGUUUUAUUAUGCAAAUAAACCAUGCGUUCUUUCUUAAGAUAUUUUACUGUAAAAUGCAAAAUUUGUAUUGUUAAAUGGAUAAUAAUAUAACAUUUGUUAUAUUUUGAGCUUUUAUUAAUCGUUUACAGGAUUUCUAGCCAGUCUAAUAAAAGGUGAAAGCUCAAGUGAUGCCAUGAAGGCAGGCCACACUGCAGCCCAUGUUAUUUUGAAACAGAGAGGAUGUAGUCUUCCUAACAAUUAGUGAUGGACUGUGUACAAAAUCAUUAGACCUACUUGGAGAUGUAAUAAAAUAAUUCCAUACGGG